AUGGCAUUCACCAAUUACAACAGUCUUAACCGGGCUCAACUAACCUUUGAAUAUCUACACACAAAUUCAACAACUCAUGAAUUUUUGUUUGGUGCCCUUGCUGAACUGGUUGAUAACGCGAGAGAUGCCAAUGCCACCCGAAUAGAUAUUUAUGCUGAAAGGCGAGAAGACCUUCGAGGCGGAUUCAUGCUUUGUUUUCUGGAUAAUGGAGCAGGAAUGGAUCCAAAUGAUGCCAUCAGUGUGAUCCAAUUUGGGAAAUCAGGCAAACGUACUCCAGAGUCCACACAGAUUGGGCGGUAUGGGAAUGGACUAAAAUCGGGCUCAAUGCGUAUUGGGAAGGAUUUUAUCCUCUUCACGAAGAAGGAAGACACCAUGAGCUGCCUCUUCCUGUCUCGAACCUUUCACGAGGAAGAAGGCAUUGAUGAAGUGAUAGUCCCAUUGCCUUCUUGGAAUACACAGACAGGAGAACCUGUCACAGACAAUGUAGAGAAGUUUGCCAUCGAGACAGAACUCAUCUACAAGUAUUCUCCCUUCCACACUGAGAGAGAAAUGAUGACCCAGUUCAUGAAGAUUUCUGGGACUAGUGGAACCCUGGUGAUCAUUUUUAAUCUCAAGCUCAUGGACAAUGGAGAGCCUGAACUAGACAUAACCUCAAAUCCAAAAGACAUCCAGAUGGCAGAGAUAUCCCAAGAAGGUAUGAAGCCAGAGCGGUACUCCUUCUGUGCCUAUGCUGCUGUGCUCUACAUCGAUCCUCGGAUGAGGAUUUUCAUUCACGGGCACAAGGUGCAGACCAAAAAGCUCUCCUGCUGCCUGUACAAGCCCAGGAAGUACACCUUCACAUCAAGCCGUUUCAAGACCCGGGCAGAACAAGAGGUGAAGAAGGCAGACCAGGUAGCAUGGCUUGCUGAAGAGAAGGCACGGGAAGCAGAGAGCAAAGCUCGUGCAUUAGAAAUACAUACAGGUGGAGACAUCUCACGGGUCUCCAGGGUGAUGUUGCGACAGGUCCAGAAUACAGCCAUCACCCUUCGAAGAGAAGCUGAUGUCAAGAAAAGGAUCAAGGAUGCCAAGCAGCGAGCACUCAAAGAACCUAAGGAACUGAGUUUUGUUUUUGGGGUCAACAUUGAACACCGUGACCAUGAUGGCAUGUUUAUCUACAACUGUAGCCGCUUGAUCAAGAUGUAUGAGAAAGUGGGCCCACAGCUGGAAAAGAGCAUGACAUGUGGUGGGGUGGUUGGGGUCAUUGAUGUGCCCUACUUGGUCCUGGAGCCUACACACAACAAGCAAGACUUUGCUGAUGCCAAGGAGUACCGCCACCUGCUGCGGGCAAUGGGGGAGCACCUGGCACAGUACUGGAAGGACAUAGCCAUUGCCCAGUAUGGGAUCAUUAAGUUCUGGGAUGAGUUUGGCUACCUCUCUGCCAACUGGAACCGACCCCCAUCUAAGGAGCUGCAUUUCAAACGGAGGAGGGCUAUGCAAGUUCCGACCACUAUACAGUGUGAUUUGUGUCUGAAGUGGAGGACCCUACCCUUCCAGUUAAGUGCUAUAGAAGAAGGUUACCCAGACUACUGGGUUUGCUCAAUGAACCCUGAUCCUGAGCAAGACCAGUGUGAGGCUUUUGAACUGCAACAGAAGAUUCCUAUGGGAAUAUUUAAAAAGGCUCCAAAGACACAAGAAGAAAGACGGAAGCAGCUGACAGAGAAAAUUCGCCAACAGCAGAAGAAGCUGAAGGCCCUUAAUAAAACCAUGCCCAUCUGUUCCCAAGGUGACCUGAAAAAAUUACCCUUGGAAGUGACCACCAGACCUUUCACUAAAUGUUCUGCUCAGAGACUUCACUGUCUCCAACUACCGUUGUGUGGUGUGAACAAGAAUGCCCGAAGAAGACCUCAGUCCAUGCAUGUUCCUAGACCACCCAGACAGUUACAAAGGGCUUCUAUCUUCUACACCAACCCAAAGUCUCCUCCUCUGACAGCCCAAAGAGAGGCUAUGCUCCAGCCACCUGAGACACCCCCAAAGUUGGUUGGCCUCCUGGUUAAAACUGUACCUCAGCCUCCUCUGGUCCAAUCCCUGUCAACAUCUGUAGUCCCCAACUCCAACAACCUUUGCAAGGUGGAAACCCUAGAAGCCAUGAAGACUCCAGUGAUGGAGAAGCCAGAUCCACCCAUUAGUCCAUCACCAGUCCAAAGUGAUCGCAAGCGGAGUCUUGAGGUCACUGAUGAGGAAGAAGCUGAGGAGAGAAGGAAGGAGUCGUGCAAACGGGGCAGGGUGACUGUGAAGGAGGAAAAGACUCAAGUAAAUGAUCUCUCAGACAGUGCUGAGGAAGAGAAUCCAGGGGACCUCAAGAUAGCUCAGAAAGAUAAAGGACUGUACGUGGAGGUACGUGUGAAAGGAGAGUGCUACAAGGGCCACGUCACUGCCGUGGAAGUGGGCGAGAAUGUGGUAUGGUGGAAGGUCAAGUUUGAGGAUGUGCCCAAGCAUACUAUACCAAGAGACUGCUGGGUGGAAAAAGGCAGUGAAAAUGUAUGGCUGAUGAAGCCAUCUUCAGUAUAUCAGAGCACUGAUGGGCAGCAAGAGAGUGUGAAAGAAGAGAAGGACACCACAGACCAGCAGGCUAUUGCAUUACAAGGGUCCUCCACUUCCGACUACUUCUGCACUGAACCUGACACUACUGCUCCAAAGACCAACCAUGAGACCACUGACCUCCUGGUCCAGAUUCUCUGGAAUUGCUUACGUUAUUUCAUGCCCCUGAGUUUCUCCAUAUCCAAGAAGGAGUUGGGUGCUAUGAAUUCAGAAGAGUUACUGUCUCUUCCUCUGAAAGAGUGCUUCAAGCAAUACGAAGCAGGGCUCCAGAAUCUCUGUAACUCCUACCAAAGCUGUGCUGACUCAAGAGCCAAGGCCUCUGAGGAGAGCCUGCUCAUCUCCCAGAAAAAACUCCGUGAGACAGAAGAGAAACUCCAGAAGCUUCAGACCAAUGUCCGGGCACUCCUGCAGAAGGUACAGGAAGACAUAAACAUCAGCACGGAUGAGGAGCUCAAUGCCUACAUUGAGAAUCUCAUCACCAGUGAAGACUGA